AUGCCUAGUCAAGUAAGAUGGAGUUCCAUGCCUAGAGUUCCCAUGUUGCAAGAUGAGGAGGACAAUGACUUGACCGAGACUGGUUCGGAGAGUAUUGAUAUAUCUCUUUCUUCAGAGGACAAUGAUGGACCUGAUGGUAGGAGAAGGGGUCCUAACCACAAUACUAAUGGCCGUCCAGACGAAUCUGGAAGAACUCCUUUAACUGUGGGAGGCAAUAGAUUUAUUACUCCAUGGGCAUCACGUGCUGUAAGUGCCAAUUUGAAAUCUUAUUUGGGUGGACCUUAUCCUACAUAUAGUUUGGUGCCAGUUGACAUAAAAAAAUUGUCGUGGGAAAGAUUUCAGCAUGAGAAAUUAGGUAAGCCACCUACUGCAUCACAAUUGUUCGAACGUAUACAUCGGCGAAACAAGGGAGAAGGAGACUUUGUAGAUAAUAAGUCACGAAUUGUCUAUGAAACGUAUGACAAUGCAAUUAAUGAAAAUAUGGUUCAAAUGCUUCCUCACAUCCUGAAAUUGACAUUGAAGCUUAGUGUGAAGCAAGUCAAGGUCCUUAUUUCCAAUUUGUUUUCUGAUGAAAUUCAAGAAACUUCUGCUACUUUGCUACCUUCAAAUCCACCUGUGCUUGAGAAUGGAGGGGAAAAUGAUACUGUGUUCAGCCAAAUGUAUGAUUAUGCCAAACAUUGA